GGGAGCUUCUCGCUUCAAAGCAAGCCAGCUGUUGGGCUCCAAAGGUUUGUUGUUCGAAUCUCAUCUUUUGUUUGGCUCCAACAGCCCAAGCUUAGAUUUACUCGGAGGGUUAUCUUUAAAGCCGCAAGCAGAGUCAACCUGCAUGGAAGCCGGAGACUGGCGGCGUGCACAUGGUUGCUCAGCCGUGCUGAAACAUCCAGUCGGACGGAGAGAAAGUUCGGUCGAUCCCCACCAGUCCAUUAAACUUGCGAACAUUCUGCCACUUUUGACUCAUCUUCUUGAAGCCAAGCUGGGCAUGCCGAGCUGCUUGCCAGUUUCGCUGUGGGGGGAUUAAGGCUGCAGACGCCUGCUCCUGCAGGCCGUUCUUGAUUCCUUGAGCCCCAGCCCUGCGUGCAAACCGACUUCUGCGCUUAGGCGCGCGUCUUUUUUUUGCGGAGCUUGCAGCUUGAAAGGCGUGCCUGACAAGCAGAUCAACCAGCAUUGGACGUGAGAUCCGGACACGCUUGAGCCACAGCAGCAAGGACGGACCUCUGAUGUUUCAUUCUCGCCGCCUUCGCGCAGGGGAUUGUCGGAGUCCAAACCACACAAGUCGGAGUGAAGCCUGGUUGGCUUUGCGCUACUCUGCCCAUGAAGCCACACGUUGCAUGCCGCUCUUGGCAUGAGUGGUGUGCGGAUGGCGCGACACCAGAGCAAAGCGCUUUGCCACAACGCGAGGGCUUGAUCUGUUGCAGACACCCAGACUACUUCUCCGAGGGUUCUCCUCAUAACUCUUCCGGGCGCAUGAUAUUUGUGACGAGGGCAUGCUCAACGAGGCUGUGCCUGAGCGCCUUGGGUUCUCGCCUGCAACGCUUGACUGUCGCAAGAGCUUUGCGCUCGAGCGCCAGGAGUGCGGCCUGCGUUAGUUACUUCUUCGAGCUGCCGCAAGCACAACGGAUGAAGGCAACUCAAGGACAAUUGAUGAAGGGCGUAGUUUGCUGAGGGCAAAGUGCCCAGUCGGAACGCGUUGAGGAGACGUGUUCAAUUCCGCGGGCGUUCUUCAAACUCAAGGUGAAGCGCUCUUGAUUCAGAGCGGCCUUCGAACGACACAUUGCUUCGAGGCGGUUUCAGCAGGCUUCGGUUGAAGUGCCAGCAAUUGAAGGUGCAAGUGCCAAGCUGACACGGCUUCAGGCACUGGUAAGGCGACAACCCCUAUGCAGUGAGCAGGAAACCUGAAGUGCCGGGAAGCCCUCGCCUUGGGCAGCUCCUUCCCACGUGCUCGAGACCUCGGUUUGCCCAGGCAGUUUGCCAGUCGCGCGCGGCGAGCGUUGACCUGAAACUGGAGAAGAGUGUAGCGCACCGGUCCCACGUGCGCAAGAGGAAUGUCGGUGUUUGAGGCCGCCCUUGUUUGGAUUGGUUUGAGGGGAAUCCAAAAGGAAAACCAUCCAUUUUGCGGGGCCCAGAAAAUGUUGUAUUGUUCCAGCUAAUUUGGCCAAGUGUGCAGACCGCCCACAAGAGGGCGCCAGUGUGCUGCUUCACGCUGCGCGUCCCUGCGGGCAACUGCCAAGAGCGGCCAACUGCCAAGAGGUAACUUGGGACGCAGGGUGGAUAUGGCCCACGUUGAACGUAGGCUCGAGAACUCCGUUCCGGCCCUGAGUGCUUUUUUCAUGACCCUCGCUUGAAUCAGGCAAAAAAGGCUUCAAGCUUGGCUUCAUCUGAAGGGUGCCUUCAAGGACCAGGCUGCUUUUGCUGUGGGCCCAAGGUGUUGAAACAGACAGGCCACGCCUUUUGAGUUUCUUGACAAAGGCGGCAGGCCUAAGGGCCUAAGGGCCUAAGAGUUGGCGAUAGGUGGACCCUGGGCUUGCAUGCGCUCCAUGAAAUCUCUUGGGGCAGUCUUGCCUUGCUCUCCGGCGAGUUGACUGGAGAGAGUGUGCCGUGUCUUCUUCUUGGGCAUUUUUCGCGAAGAUUCUCCCACCGCGGCCAUUGCUUCGCGGUGCGACAGGUAGCCAUAGCGCAUUGGGCUCGGUGCAGGCUUCGGGGCUCCGAAUGCCCGCGCGCGUUUUCUUGGGAGUCCUGGGGGUCGCUGCUAAGCUGAUGGCGUGCAUUCUUGCGGAAUGCGCCGGCACGGUUGCGAAGCGGAGCUCCUUGAGUCUCCCGGGAUGGGUGAGAGGAGUUCCCCGAGCGCCAGAGUCUGCCGAGCUGCUUCCUUUCCAGGCUCUGUGGAGCCGGUCUAGGCAAGCCAUCGCGCAAUGACCCUGUUUUUCUUGUUGCGUGUCAGCCCAGGCGAAAAACAUUCACAUGUUGAACUCGUGAAGGGUCUCAAAGGCCAGCCCAAGCGGCUUCAAUUGGUUUGAGGGAGUCGCGUUGUGCUUGAGUCUGCAGCCUUUGGCGCAGUGAUCCUCUCUGGCUAGGGUUCAAGUACCUUGGCGUCUUGCAAUGAAAUGAAAGGGACCUCCACUUUUCAACAAACGCGCAGCUCCUUGCUUAAAUUUGACCCUUGGGUCGGAGAGUGCGAAAAACAGGGCGGCCCUCAUCAGAAAGCCCGAGAACUUGAUUGAGUUGGAUGAAGCCUGGCGGCGUUGAAACCUUUGACCUGGUUUUUGAAGUUUGCACUCGGCCUGCAUUUGCUUUCGGUUUGCAUCUUGCACUCAGGCUGUUUCGUUCAUCGAGCCUUGCUGUCAGCUACACUCGUCACGCCGAAUGGGUAGAAUCUUCAGGGAUGAACAUAAUGGUGUCUCGUGUCUCCUCCUACGCAGCUGCGCGAAAUUGCUCCACGUCCCAGAACAGAUUAAGUUUUCGCGCCGCCCUGAAGGAGCUUUUGCAUCGUUUUUUGAGUCAGUUGCCCUUUGCUUGAAAGUAGCUGCUGGCGUUCCCUUGUCUUCGGGCGAUAUGACUGAAAGAUAAUAUGAGCGGCAAGCGCAAAGUGCGUGUGCAAGCCAACUGGCGGGCAUUUGGGUCGUCUGGGUUCGAGUUUGCAGCAGUUCCUUGGCAUGGACCAACAGGCUGUGUUCGCUUCGCCUCGAUGUUCGUUUUUUUCCCCGCCAGGGUCAACAGGCCAUCUUUCAUGUCUGGUGAAAGCUUGCUUCGCCAAGUUCAAACUUCGCUUUGCUUCUGUGAGCGAGGCCUGAGAGGACUACUUUUGGCUGAAUUGGGCGGGGCACUUGAUAUAUCCACUGAGCCUGGAAAGAGACAAUUUGGGCGGAGUAAUAUUUUCAGGCUUGCAACGGCUUUCUGGUGCUGUGCCAAGGAAGCAUCCCAAAGGGCUUAGGAAUGGGUCUUGCUGCCCCGCAAGAUAACACUGUGCGCUGGUCUCUGACCAUGCGCUAGGCUCUUAGGUCAAUAGCCCACCCCGAACAAGACUCGCGCGUCUUGGCAGGGAAGGUCUUGCUGCGCAGAGUUAUUUCUCAGGCUGUCAGAGGCCACUGCCAAUUGCCUGGAUGCGGAAGUCUGCGAGAGCAUCUAUUCUUAACCCAAGCAUGCUACUACGGUGUUGCCUGAAAACCAAAGGUCGCAAUGCUUUCCACUUGCUUGUUUGGGCUUGGAGUCACCCAGAUCUGUGGACAUGCUUUUUUGUGUGGCGAGGGACGAGCCCUCUUUGAUUCGCUUCGUGCAAACAAAAUCACUUGCAAAAGGCCAGCCGGCUCUUGAAUCGGGUGGGUCAGUUGAUAUGAGCCUGGAAGAAAACAAAUCUGGCCAGAAUCACAUGCGUCCGCCAGCUUUCUCAGGAACGUAGUCAACGUCUUCAGGCUUGCAACGGCUUGGUGCUGCGCACAGGUGGGCGUUUGGGCAGGGAGCAUCAAGAAGGUUGUCCCCAGUGGUUCAAAGGGCCGAGAAGCACAGCGCGGUCCUCUAAAAAACUCGCUCCGAUUAGUUCGUCUAAAAGGAAAAGCCGGGGUUAAUCCAAUAGCCCGCCUCUCGAGAGCAUGGCCCACUCCCUUAAAGUCGAUUUCAUUGAGAGCUUCGCGGCCUUCGGAAAUGGUCAAGGUGCACUCCGCCCCGACACGCAAGUCGCAGCUUGCGAGUGCAAGUGUCGCUCGCGAAAUACAGUUUGGCAGUUCGAAAGUCGAAACUUUCCAAGGCAAGUGUAGCAUACGAAUCGCAACUUUUCAGUACCAGUUUAGCAUGCAAAGUACACUGCGCGAGGGGUCGGGCUGUCUGAAACGCGAAGUAGGGUGUGCUUCUUCCCGAUAUUUUCUCGGCCAAGGCCAGGAUUUGCGAGAAGAAGGUCCUCGGCUAUGCGAACACUCAGACAACCCUCUGAUGUCUACCUGCCUGUGUGUUUCCGGGAAGCUCUACGCCCGUGGCCGUGUGCAAUGUGUGGAUAGGCGCCUUAAAUGAGUCAGACCUGGCCUGGGACAACUCGAGGAUGUUGGUCCCUCGCCGUGACUACAGCAAGGAGGGGGUGCAUUGUUCGCUGGACUGUGUGUGCGCUGGUCUUUAUGCGUGCGCUGGGCUCUUGAAGUCGCGCGCUGAAGACGACUCCCACCAAGUGACAGCCAAGGUGAGGCUGUCCGGAGGCCACUGCCAAUUGCCUGGAUGCGGAAGUCUGGGAGAGCAUCUGUUCUUAAGCCAAGCAUGCUGCUACGGUGUUGCCUGAAAACCCAUGCCUGCCAUGAGAAGUCGAGUUGCUUGUUUGGGCUAGGGGUCUCCUAGACCUGUGGAAGUGAUCUUUUGUGUGGCGAGGGACAAGCCCUUUUUGCUGCGCUUCGUGCAAACAAAAUCACUUGCAGAAGGCCUGCCGGCUCCUGAAUCGGGCGGGUCAGUUGACAUGAACCUGGAAGCCAAUGUGGGCGUCGUCACACGCCGGCCACUGUCUCAGGAACCUUGCAGGCAAGGUUUUCAGCUUGCGGCUUUCCGGUGCUGCGCAAAGGAAGCACCAACAACAAAGGACCCACGAAUUUCCUGGGAGAGAAGAGCAGCGUGGCGCUGGUCUUACGGCCUCGCAAGAUAAAGGUCUCCGACCAUGUGCAAGGCUCUUAGGUCAAUAGCGCACCACGACGAAGAUUCGCGCUUCACAGGGAAGGUCUUGCUUGGUAGGCUCUUUCGACCCUUUAGCUUUGGACCCUUUUAGACCCUAAACCCUCUCAGAGGCCACUGCCAGUUGCCUGGAUGCGGAAGUCUGGGAGGGCAUCUACCCUUUAGCCACCGCAGUGAUGCCCGCAGUGUUCAAUUGCUUGCUUGGGCUUGGGGUCUUCUGGACCUGUAGAAGUGCUUGGUUUGGUGUGGCGAGGGACGAGCCUUUCUUGAUACGCUUCGUGCAAACAAAACCACUUGCAAAAGGUCAGCCGGCUCCUGAAUGGGGCGGGGCAGUUGAUAUGAGCCUGGGAGGUGUUUUUGCAUGCAAGCAAAAGUAGUCCGGAGAGGGACAUUGUUCUUGAAAAUGCGGAAGGCUUCUUGGAAGGGAUUUCUCUCGCGGAAGGCUUUGCGGUUUGAUAUGAACUGUUUCAGCUCGUGGGCGUGGAAAGCACGCGGAAACGGCAGAGAACCAAAGCAGCCGGUGGACUUCAUGGAAGGUUUGCGGAAGGUUCGCGGAAGCCCCGCGGAAGGGUGGCCCCGUGUCUGCAGGCAAGUGCCCAUGUAGCACCGGUAGCCCAAUGGAGCCCAAGCCUACACACGCUGCACCAACAUAGGCGGAAGUACUUAAACAGACUUUCCUUUCUGCGCCAAUACUCACGGAAGCACAUCUUGUGAAAACAUGCGCCGCGGAAGAUUUGCGGAAGCAACCGGUAGAAAACAGGUGCCGCGGCAGUCUGCGGAAGGGACCUCUUGGCCCGCGGAAGGGUCCGCGGCAGCUUGAAUUAUGUCCAAUCAAGUUUGAGGGGAACAACAACCAACGCUCAAUUUGGGCAAAAUCACAUGCGCUGACUAGUUUCCUCAGGAACGCUGUAAACAACGCGAACGGCCUCUCAACAGAUCCACUAUGGCUUAUGACUAUUGCGAGACUUGGCGCGCCCCUUGUGGCUUUCCUUCGAUUGCAGCAUUCUUGCGGCGCAGUACCGGUGGUUUGUUUCGAGCCUUGUGCUUAACGGUAGCAGGCCAUUGACGUAGCCAACAGCCGCAAAGAGCCGAGAGCGGGCGCGAGCGUGGCAACGCGACACGACAGAUUUGGUGCCUGAGCAACCCUCUGCAGUCGUCAGUCCUUGCUUGCCGUGUCGCCUUCCCGUUGUAAGCUUCCACACUGCGCCGGUGCCGCUCUCUGGGCAUGCCGCACGGGCCUGUGCGGAAGCUGUUCAGCGCCGUGCCGAGCUUCUGAGGGCUUUCUUAGAGAACCCAUAAAGCAUGCGCCCGCGCAAUGGCCCGGCUUCAAACUCAGCGCAGCGAAAACGCUGCUCGAGCUGGCAGGACAAUCGGAGGACUGAUGCGCCCACAACGCAGCUUAAGACUCAAGGGACUAAGAGCUCGGAGCUGAGCACAAGGCUCUGCCAAAUGGUGCUCGCAUUGAGCAAUCCACACUGCAAGAGUUGAGAAAAAGAAGGCCCUGUGAUGCCUUGGCUGGAGAGUUGUGGUUGAGGACUUGCGCGGGCCUCAAUGGUUUCAUCUUUCGUAGCCCCUCUGAGCUAGUUUGUCAGUUUGUCCAUUGCAAUGCUAGUUUCUGGUGGCAAGAAGCGUGUUCCUGCUCUGUGAGACUUUACGUGUGUCGAAUUGCGGGCUCAGUUGAGUGACGUUCUUGUUUUUGAAAGUAGUGGGGAGAGGAGCACUAUUGACAUGUUUCUUGUACACGCGCACCGCGCCACAUGCACGGAAGCUUGCGGAGAGUUUUGCGGAAGGGAUUUUUUUGCGGAAGGUUUGGGGAAGCUUGACUUGUUUCAGUUUGUCAACAGCCCUUUCUGUGCCGAUACUAGUGGAAGCAAGGCUUGUCAAACAUGUGCUACGGAAGGACGAGGAAGUAACUGAUGAAAAGUAUACGGCGGAAGCCCGCAGAAGGAAGCUUGAUGGCCCGCGACAAGGAUACGGAAGGGCCCGCGGAAGCUUGAAUAAUGCGCAAGCAAGUUUAAUUGGAAUGACAUCUAGCACUCAGUUGGGAUGGCCCUAAAUAGCGAGGUUGUAUUUUAUUGCUUGACUUUGGAGAAACAGUGAGCAUUGAAGCAGCGCCCGGUCCACCGGGUGUCAAGACGGGCAAAGUUUAAAUCCUUCCAAACCAAAAGGAUAGAAGGAGGUUUCCCGAAAACGCCCCUAUGCUCCCGUUGCCUGGUCACCCCAGUGGACAUAGCCAAUUUGACAAUUGGCACGUGCUCCAAGGGCCGGCGACCACUGUUGGUAGCUCCACUUCACUAACCAGGGAGCAAGUUGUUGGUGUUGCUCUUUGCGACCAAUUGCUUGAGCUUUUGAUUUACAACUUGGUUUUGGGUUCCCCGGCUCUCCUUGUUUUGAAGGCAAACCCGGUGCCAACAAAGAGGCGCAACGAGCACUUUUCAUUCCUCGCAGUUUCGCAAAUGACCGGGCAAUUUCUGGGCGCCGUGUUGGUUCCUUUCUUGGGUGCUGACCAGUCGCUGCAUAUGCCUAGACAAAAGGCUCCAGCUGUCCGCCCGUUUCCUCUGGCAAAACAUCAUCCCCGGUUCCUUUUUGUGUGGGACAUGUGCAUACAUUAUUCACCCCCUUUUGCGUCUCAAUUUGAACGGCCCUCCUCGUCCCCAAGCCUGCCAGCGCAUUUGCACAGAGGCAUCAGCCCAUAGUGCUCAAGGACCCUCAUGUUCCUUCUUUUGGACCUUUAAAGGUGGAAUGCUUAAAAACUACUCGAACAACUACAUCAGUUGAAGCCGUGUCCCAUGAUUGUCUGCUCUCCUGCCUGUUCCGGAAUCAAAGUUGCGAGUGACUAGUCUCUCCUGCCUGUUCCGGAAUCAGAGUUGCGUCCAGUCAUUCAAUCUGGUGCCUAGUGAGCGAGUCAUUGGGAUGGCCCCAGUCUGCAGUGACAAAGACACCCAGCCCAUGCAGGCAACGUAGCCCCUUGCUAGAGAUGGGCCGUGGCCAAGGCUUAAGGCUCACUUGGGAGCAAGCUGUCAGAUUCAGAUGAACAAACUGGGGGCUUCUUACUUUAGGCUUGGCAUGUUGGUUUUGUGACAUGGAUUUACAGUUUUUGC